CGGCGACACCCUGUUGUAUCGCGAGCGGGAAAACACAAACCUACAGCGAGCGGGAGAGAAAUUGACAGCAGCUCUAUUGCCCCUUGUCACCCAGCAGCCCGUCAUCCUCACUGCCCUGUGCCUCCCCAGCAACCCGGAGACCGUCAUCCUCAUUGCCCUGUGCCUCCCCAGCAGCCCGGAGACCGUCAUUCUCACUGCCCUGUGCCUUCCCAGCAACCCGGAGACCGUCAUCCUCAUUGCCCUGUGCCUCCCCAGCAGCCCGGAGACCGUCAUUCUCACUGCCCUGUGCCUCCCCAGCAACCCGGAGACCGUCAUCCUCAUUGCCCUGUGCCUCCCCAGCAGCCCGGAGACCGUCAUUCUCACUGCCCUGUGCCUUCCCAGCAACCCGGAGACCGUCAUCCUCAUUGCCCUGUGCCUCCCCAGCAACCCGGAGACCGUCAUCCUCAUUGCCCUGUGCCUCCCCAGCAACCCGGAGACCGUCAUCCUCACGAGACCGUCAGCCUCACUGCCCUGUGCCUCCCCAGCAACCCGGAGACCGUCAGCCUCACUGCCCUACUGUCCUGUGCCUCGCCUGCAACCCGUAGACCGUCAGCCGCACUGCCCUGUUCCUCUCCUGCAGCCAUGGCCACCCCACCGAAGAGAAGCUGCGCUGAUCUCCCGCCAUCACCCUCCUCGUCGAACUCGUCUCCGGGUAGGAGAAACAAAGUGAAGCGGAUAUCUGUGGAGGGAAACAUAGCCGCCGGUAAGUCCACCUUUGUGAAUCUUCUAAAGAGAUGCGAUGAGAACUGGGAGGUUGUUCCUGAGCCAAUAGCGAGGUGGUGCAAUGUGCAGAGCUGCCAGGACCAGUUCCAGGAGUUAACCACAUCUCAGAAAAGUGGGGGCAAUCUCCUCCAGAUGAUGUAUGAGAAGCCUGAUCGCUGGUCAUUUACCUUCCAAUCCUACGCUUGUCUCAGCCGUAUUCGGGCCCAGCUGAAAGCUUUUGGAGGGAAAUUGAAAGAAGCAGAAAAGCCUGUGCUAUUUUUUGAACGCUCUGUCUACAGUGAUAGAUAUAUUUUUGCUUCCAACUUGUAUGAGGCAGAGUGCAUGAAUGAAACAGAAUGGACUGUUUAUCAGGAUUGGCAUGAGUGGAUGAAUUGUCAGUUUGGCGGUGAUCUUGAACUGGAUGGAAUUAUUUAUCUACGAGCUUUGCCUGAGAAAUGUCUAAAUAGAAUUUAUUCUCGUGGAAGGGAAGAGGAGCAGGGAAUUCCUAUGGAAUAUCUGGACAAGCUUCAUUAUAAACAUGAAAGUUGGCUGUAUCACAGAAACAUGAGGAUGGAUUUUGCAUACCUGCAAGACAUACCCAUAUUGACACUUGAUGUGAAUGAAGAUUUCAAAGAUGAUAUACAGAAGCAAGAGUGUCUAAUUGAGAAGGUCAAAGAAUUUGUAAGCACGUUAUAAAAGUCUGAAGAUCUGGCAUGGAUUUUUUUUUUUUUUUUAAGAAGCUGUUCUUCAUCUGCAAAUGAAAUGAAUUGUAAAAUUUAUAUUUGUGUGUGGGGGGGGGGGGGAUUUGUAUAUAUUUUUAUGUGGCAUAGGUGCUUAGUUGCAGUUUACUCAAUUUAAUUGAGCCAUGAUUAUAUCAUGCAGCUGCUGGUCACAUGAGAUUGCUUAUUAAGUAGAGGAACAGACAACUGGGUGAUAACUUACCUAAGUGCAUACAUACAUUUUUUUUUUUUUAGCACUCCAUGCAGCUCCUCAGUGUUGGCAAUGAGUAUGUUUGCUAUAAAGUAUAUGUACAAAUUUAAAUUGAAGAUGGUUCUCUGCAUAUUUGCUUGCGUUAAUAAUAAUAAUGAUGGAUUCCUAGAAUAAUGUGGAAUUUCAACAAGUCAUAUUGUCAUACAUAGCCUUAAAUACUUUGGUAAAUAUUGUACAUUGUUCAUGCACAAUUUGUAGGGUAACUGAGCUAUUUAGUAAGAAAUGUUUACAAACUGUCACUGGACAUUUAUUUAUUUUAAUACCAUUUUUAAUUAUUUUAUUCCACUAUCUGGAGGGGCCAGAGUAUAAUAACCCAUUUGCUCUGGUUGAGUAACCUGUACUUUCCCUAGUUCCUUUGUAGCUUUACAUGAGAUUACAUAUUAUUGCAAAUUAUAUCAUCCACUGACUUCAUUUUUAUUUUUUUAUGAGAAUAUGGAAUAUAAACUGAACAAAACACUUACGCUGCUUGCAUCUCACACAAAUGAAAUGCAAGUAUAAAGUUUUAAAUGACAGUAGAUCUGUCGUCCUCCAUCCCAAAAAAGUGCAGACCAUCCUUGCUAAAUGGAUUUUAAACUACAGUGACAUGCUCCAGCUUUCCUCUUUAAGUACUGUACUACUGAAUCUUCUGAAGUUUGUCUAGGAGUUUCCAUUCAAUAUAAAAAAAAAAGACCUGCAUAUGUUGGAUUUCCUGUUUGGUAGCCAGUUUAUCAGAAUGUUGUAAAAUCCACAAAGGAUGAUUAAUGUUGCAUAAUAAUGUCUUGUACAAAAGCAAGAUGACUGAAGGGGGGAAAUGUACUAUAGUGGCAUGGAUUGUGCUGCUAUUGCUCUUCCAUUAAGUACAUGUAGAAUUCAGAUAUCAACCAUGACAGAGCCACUUUCAAUUAACAGCCCUCCCAUUGAAUUGUGACAGACCUCUGUCAAUAUGGAUUGGGGCUACUUCAUGACAAUACAUGUAAAAAAAAAAUCACAACUAACUGUACCACAGGGGGAAUUGUAUACACUAGUACUGUAUAUGAUUGCUAUAUUUAUACGGACAAAUUGUCCAUUGCGCAGAUAGACUUUUAUUUUAAUCUCUGAAUAUGCUCUCUUGUUAAUGUACACUUUUUAAGCCACAAUGUACACAAGGAUUUGUAUGACAUUACAAAAAAAAAAUUGUCACAUAAGGUUUAAAACCACCUGUUUUGUCUUUUGCAUUUGUUUAGCAACAAGAAUUUGUACAAGCUUGUGAACUAUUUUUGCUAAAUAAUUUUUUUUUAUUUAUUGGAUAAAUUAACAUAUUAAAUAUUUCUCAUCUAUGUGAAA